UUGUAUAAAACGAAGUACAGAGACUGCAAGAUUAUUAUUCUCAGUGAAGAUAUUCCAUAGAGUAAGCAUUAGGAUAAUUCCAUUUGUAGCACCUACAUCUUUUUAAACCAUCUAAUCAUGAAAUUGAUACUAGUCCUUGUUGCAGUCUGUGCCAUAGCUUCAGCAGCUCCAGCAGAUGAUUCCAAAAAUGCAGAAAUCAUUUCAUAUGAAAAUGAAAAUAUUGGAAUCGAUGGAUACAAGUUUUCAUAUGAAACAAGUGAUGGCACAAAACGAAGUGAAGAAGCCACUCUCAAGAAUGUUGGUACCGAAAAUGAAGCAAUUUCAGUUCGAGGAACUAUUUCCUGGAUUGGUGCCGAUGGUGUAACUUAUACAAUCAAUUUCCUUGCUGACGAAAAUGGAUUCCAGCCAGAAGGUGAUCAUUUACCCAAGCGCAGGUAAAAUGGACAUGAUAUUUUUGGAUACCAGGAUUUAAAUGAAAAAAACCAACAAUGAAGAUGUAAUGAAGUGAAAAAAUGAAGAGUUUUGUAAAUAGUUAAAAAAUAAUUUAAUAUUAUAAUGAGGACGGUUCGAGUCAGUUUUGAAAAUAAAUAAUGUGUGUUUUUGUACUACCUACUACU